ACUCUUCUGAUUUAUUAAAUUAGUCUCGAUUCAUUAUAGUCAACCUUUAACACUGUAACUGAAUUCAUUUGUUUUUUCUUCUUUGAUCAGGGGUAUGCUCGUAACUUUGUCGAAAAUGGAUAUGAAAAUACGAACUUCCUUGGAAUGCUUACAGAAAAAGACCUUAAGCAAAUAGGGAUCAAGAAAGUUGCUCAUCGUAGGAAAUUGUUCCGGUUAAUCCAGGAUAUUCCAGAGUUUAAAAUACCUAUUGGUGUUCCGAACGAUGUACAUUCUUGGCUAAGCGGGAUUGGUUUACUUCAAUAUGAACAGAACUUCAAUAGAAAUCAAAUCAAAACAGUCCAAGAUAUGGAAGUGUUGAAGACCAUCACAAAGAAAGAAAUAAAGGAGGAUCUCAAAAUUAUCAAAUCAGGUCAUAUACAGCGUCUUCUUGAUGCCAUUGCAUGCCUUCGUCAGCCAGCCAAAGAGGAGCGGAUCAUAACAGAAAUUAAGAAGCAGAUCGGUCAGGUCCACAAUCUCAAGGAUUUGGGAAGCGUGAAUCGGGAGGAGAACAAGUUCUGGGUGGAUCUCAUUAAGACUUGUUUAGCGCCCUCGGCAGAUGUAUUCAGUUUGGAGCAAACUCUCAAAAAAAAUUUAAGGACCUUACGUAACGAAUGGUUGAUGGUAUCAGGAAUAGUCAACUGUUUGUGGAUUGUGAUUAUAAUGACGUUAUCCAGCAGUAUCGACUUAAAUGUGGCUGGGACAAAUAUACUCAGUUUAUUGUUCCUAAUCGUAUUUGGAUUUCUGUUUGUUCUUCAAUUUAUCUGCAUGUUGUUACACAGAUUUACAACACUCUCUCACUUUAUUGCGCGUGCGCCAUAUCGAUUUGGCCAGAAUUAUCGAACAUCUUUUGCUUUUCUGUCACGUGACCUGGAACCGGAUGCGAACCACCUGGACCGGAAGCCGAGUCUUGAUGACCACUACGAGGCUUCUGAGAACACCUCCUUAUUAUCAGAUCAUGGUAAUGAUGUGUAUCAACGACGUCUUCAUGCUCGGCCGUAUCAAUCCGUGUGAAUGAUGAUUUGAAUAAUUUCUAAUCACAAAAUCUGUUCAACCUGUGCAUGAUGACUUCAUGAAUUUAACUUUAUGGCCCUUAUACAUGUACCAUAAUUCACAUGUAAAUUUUA